AUGGAAAUGAACUAUACCAGGCCAAGUAACUUUCAGUACCACCAAAAUGACAGGAGGCUAGAGAUUGUGAGUGGUAAAGGGAACCAGGUUUACGCGACGGGCGGUGUUAAGUCACCGAAUUACCCUGCUAGAACGUCGACGUCCUCUUCUAAGCCGUGGGGUGGGUUUAGUGAUCCAGAGAGCAAACGAAGAAAACGUAUUGCAAAGUAUAAGGUGUAUACUAUUGAAGGGAGAGUCAAAGAUUCUUUCAGGAAAGGAAUUCAUUGGAUCAAAUCCAAAUGCUCUGAUUUCAUUCAUGGUUUGUAG